AUGUCAAAGCUAGACCGGCAUACCGUUUUGAUUGAUGAUGAAGCUGCGGCUGUUUUGCGUCCAUUCAGGUCUCUGCAGUCUCCCGAGAAGCAGGGACCUCAUUCCAACCAUCGCCGCGAUGAGGAGGUGAAUCAUCGAAGGCAUCCAAUCGAUACCUCUCGCAUUCCAGUGAGAGGGUUAGACACUAGCAACGUCAAGCCGGUCCUAGUUCCAGUCUUGGCCGGUUCUCCAUGGAAGCAUUACACAAGAGAAUAUUACGUCAAGCACUGGUGUCUAUUUGCAAUAGCUAUUAGCAAACAAAGCCGGGACAAGCUUUACGUGAUUCGUUCUUCGCCGACUUUGAACGAUGAAAAGCUUCAGAUUAUCCGUCAAAUUUCUCACCCCAAUGUUCUUGAGAGUAUUGAGAUUUACUCUGAAGAAGAUAACAAUUACUAUAUUGUCUCUGGGAUGAUAGAAACCUCAUUAAUGCAUGUAUGCCGGGCCCCAGAAUACCCGUCAGAGGUACAGCUAAGUUCUAUAUUAUUCCAGGUGAGACGGUACUUCUUGGAUAUCAGGUCAGAGUACCUUAUAACGCAAGGUCUUGUACCCGAAACGAUUACAUGUGGUGGGGUUCUUAUCAAUCUUGCAGGUGAGGUCAAGAUUAGCAACGUUGAGGAAUUCCAGACAGGCGAAAGGGGCCCGAAAGCUCAAAUUGGUCUAUCGCAUCCAGAUCGAUGGUCCUCUGAAGCUGUUCAUAUGCUUAGUUUAUUAGACUCAGAACCGAGUAUGGAAGAGUUAGCUAUGCAUAAGUUCUGGAAAAAGGGGAGGAAAGAAGAGUUAAAGUCACUUGUAUACUUUACUCUCAUUACAGCAUAUCAUAGUAGAUCUUAA